AUGUCGGAAACUUGUCGAGCUGUAAUCCGGACUCAUUCUGGUUCACAUCAUCGACAAAUGUAUGUGACCUGUAACAAAAUAUUGAUAUCAUCAGUCGAAGAGGUAGAUAGCAGGAAAGACUGAGCAAGCAGCAACAAAUUUUUGCCGAUUAUGAGCAUCAUUAACGCUUUCAAAAUGUUUUUAUUACUGUGCAUAAACAUUUUGUUUUUUACGUGCAAUGCGGCAACCCCUUUAUGCAGGGAUGAAAACAAUCAGAUUGUCGAUUGGUAUGUACUUUACAAGUUACCAAAGGUAUCACAGAGUAGCAAUCCUACAAUUAGAAAUGGAUUAGCGUAUUUAUAUAUGACCAAUAAAACUGUUGACAAGGGUUGGCAAUUAUCUGCAAAAAAAAUCAGCGAUAAGGAUUCUAUACCGGGAAAUACAUUAGCACCUUUAUAUAAUGAUUCAGAGGCAUUGAAGGCUUUCUGGAUCUUGUAUAAUGAUGAUCCGCCUAAUAGACCUAUCAAUGGAAAAUAUGGUCAUGCGAAGGGCGUUGUAAUGACGAAUAUGCAACAAGGUUUCUGGUUAAUACACAGUGUGCCGAAUUAUCCACCUCUACCCAACAGCGGCGAUGACACAAGACGAGGACAAAACGUGCAAGAGAAUCCAACUCCGGGAAAUCGGUCUGAAUACGAUUACCCAUCAUCCGGAGAGAAUUACGGACAGAGCUUUCUAUGCAUCUCCAUGGACAGCGAUCAAUUCGACUUGAUUGGUCAACAGCUGAUGUUCAAUCAGAUAAUAGUAUAUAAGAGAAAUAUACCUGUCACGUUCGCUGUGUCAUUUCCGAUGCUCACGGACGCAGCCAAUCAAAAGCGCGUCAGAAAAGCACCCUUCUCCAGCAAAGCGAUAUUAAGAUCAUCCAGUGAUGUCAAAUUUUUAUCAUUUGCCAAGAGCGACAAAUGGCAGAAAGAUUUAUACGAUGAUUUUGUCGCACCAACUUUGCGAUCUGAUUUAUUCGCGGAAACGUGGUUGAACGGACGGGGUAGAUUACCAUCAGAUUGCGAGCACACAAAAGUAUACAAUGUCGUGUCUAUUUCUUUGCAAAAGUUUGAUAUUGAUUUUAAGAGCAGCCGCGAUCACUCAAAGUGGGCGGUGGCAAUUGAAGGUAAAGUUAAUCAAACUUGGACCUGCAUCGGUGAUAUCAAUCGAGCGGAUACUCAAUACAUUCGAGGUGGCGGAACUGUCUGUUUAAAUCACCGGAAAGUCUGGGAAAAUUACCGGCAUGUCGUGAAUGAUGUGGAACCAUGUCCCAACAAGCGCUAUGAGACAGUUUUAGUUUAACAAAUUUAUUUAUAAUUUUGUUUAAAAGAAUAAUGUUGAAAGAUUUGAUUACAAGAAUAAUAAUCAUUUUCAUCGUUGUUCAUAUAAAUAAUACAUCAUUGAUGAAUUAAAGAAAUGUAUAUGUCAAAAGAAUAAUGU